AUGAAAGGUUGGAAUGGGCACGGUGACGCACUUGUAGCCCCUCCGCGGGCUCCUGCAGGCUCUCGCUUCCUGACGGCCGCCUUUGCUGCCUUUGUUAUGAUUGCUGCACUGGACACAAUCUUUCCCAGCCUCAAGCAUCACCUCAUUCCAGAGCAGAGCGGCCGGCCAUCAUCAGAGCCAGGCCACGCCGCGAAGUCGUUUCAAUGGUCUCUGAUAUCACCUCAGACGUAUCUCGAGUUCCACGAAUGCUUUGAUGGGUUCGAGUGUGCGAAAUUGAGUCUGCCUUUGGACUACUUCAAUGGCACAUAUCCGAAUGAUACUGUCAACAUUGCCGUUGCAAAAUUGCCCGCCAAGGUAUCAGUUAAUGACCCUCGUUAUGGAGGUCCGAUACUGCUCAAUCCCGGAGGCCCUGGAGGUCCGGGAGCUCUGUUCGCGCUCUCUAUAGCAAAAUCACUACAGCUUGUUGUUGAUGGGGCUUCUGACCCUGAUCUGACAGGGAGAGAUGCGCGGUUCUUUGAUAUCAUAGGUUUCGAUCCUCGCGGAAUUGGUGAGACUGAGCCGGCCGCCGCAUGCAUAUCCGACCCUGCUUCGGCAUGGUCUUGGAGACUGAGAGAGACCGAGGAAGGUAUAUUAGGUAGCUCAGAUGCUGCACUCGGUCGACUGUGGUCCAUGACCCACGCUUUCGGCUCCUCUUGUAAACAAGCUUCGGAUGCUGAGGACGGACCAGACAUCAAGCAGUACAUGACCACUGCUUUUGUUGCUCGAGACAUGCUGGAGAUUGUCGAAAAGCACGCUGAGCAUGUUGCACAGCAAGCCGCUCAAGCCAAACACAACCAAGGCAGACGAACCGAUUGUCCCAAUGCUGGACAUAUGGAUUACGAGCCCGGAAGGGCUAAAUUGCAGUAUUGGGGUUUCUCUUACGGCACCCUUCUCGGUUCUACGUUCGCGUCCAUGUUUCCCGACCGCGUUGGACGCGUCGUUUUGGAUGGCGUCGUUAACGACUACGACUACAAUCAUUCUCUAGGCAAUGGUAGUCUGGUAGACAACGACAAGGCGAUGAAAUCUUUCUAUUCGUAUUGCCUGCUUGCCGGAGUCGAAGCCUGUCCCCUUGCUGAGAAUGCCACCACUUUCACCGAGAUCAAGGACCGUAUCCAGAAGAUUGUAAUGUCUUUGUACCACAACCCAUUCAUGCUCAGCUCAGCAGAAGGCCCAGAGGUAUUCACCUACUCCGAUCUCAGGGCCGCCAUUUUCAGCACAAUCUAUCAGCCACAAAUCAGUUUCCCAGUCCUUGGUAAUCUUCUCCCGCAAAUCGAGGCUGGUAGUGGCGACUUGAUCGACCUUCUUCAAGGACCUUUCCGAGAUGCCCAUACUAUUUCAUGUGGUGUUAACGGAUCGGUCACUAAUCCUGUAUCUUACACCGCUGACGUUUCCACCGUCGCGAUCCUCUGUGCCGACGGCAUCGACCAUCAAGGCUCUGGAAUUGAUGAAUUUGUUGAGUAUUGGGAGUUUCUCCGAAACAUGUCUACCACAGCAGGCGAUGUCUGGGCUAUUCUGAAGAUGAAAUGUAUGGCAUGGAAGAUUCGCCCAAGCCACAAGUUCGAGGACGAGUUUGGUGCUUCCACAAGCAAUCCUGUUCUCUUCGUCAGCAAUACUGCGGAUCCUGUCACGCCGCUGAGAAGCGGCAGGCUCAUGCAAUCCAAGUUCCCGAACAGCGCGCUGCUCAUCAAUGAUCAGGCAGGGCAUUGCUCGUUCUCAGUUACGAACUUGUGUGCUUAUGACAGGAUCAAGAAUUACUUUCAGACUGGCGCUUUGCCUGCACCAAACACGCUUUGUGUGCCUCCACCUUCGGUCUAUUCACUCAACUCAACGGAUCCAAAGUCCCCUUUCUAUGAUCCGAGUCUUCAGACUAGCAAUCAAUUUGUAACGGAUAGUGAGAUCAGCAUCGAGCACCAAAAAAGGCACAGUGCGGCGAAGAUGCUGCAACGUGUGAUGAUGGAGAGCGACGCUUUUGGAUUCAGUGGUUUAAUCAGUGGUAAGAGGGGAACAAGGGUUCAAAGGCUUGCUGCGGCGAGAAAACCUAGCUGA